GUGGUGCGGCCCCUCCCCUCUACUCGCCCAGGCUGGUGGUGGGAGGGUGGAGGCUGGUGGAGAAUAUGGUUCUAAUGCCUGAGCUCAGCCCCAUGUGUGUUUGCUCAGCGAGGUGAUCCAGUGCCUUCACAGCCCACCCCAUGUGCUUCUUUGCGUCUCUGGAAUCCCCGUCACAUGGCAGUGGAAGAGCUGGGUGAUGUGAUGCUGCUGCACUGGAAGCUUUUUAUUCCUGAGCAGAACUGAGGAUCAUCCCAUUAUCCGGUCUAUUGCAAAAAUACACAUUCUGGAGAAGUGCUAGUCCCAGAGUGCUCACACAAACACAUCCCACUAUCAAGCGGUACCAAAACAUCCCAGUAUCAAGGAUGGUACAAAAACUUUACCCAAGGAUAACAGAAACACACUGACCCCUCCUAAAAAAUGAGGUCAGAAUAACAAGUAUUCAGACAUACAGUAUUGCCAUUUUACUGCUAUUCGUUAAUGUCUGGAUGGUUGCAAAGAUGGUGACUGCAGAUGACAGCCAGUGGGAUGAAACCAUCUGUGACAUGGCUGUUUGCCAACACCCACAGUGCUGGGACACUAUAAGGAGGAUUGAACAGGGACAUCCUCGGGUCCGUUUAAGAAACUUUGACUCACUCUGCAGGGCUUCUUCUUUGGAAAGCAAAGAUGAAUUACCAACACUGAAGAUUAUAAACUUCCCCAGCAGUUGCUCUCCCCGAGGAAGGAUCAGAUGUUCCAAUUGUAACAGAACUAUUUCCACCUUCACUGCACUUGAGUCCUCUUUCUCUCCUUCUUCUCUGUAUGAAACUUCAGUCUAUGACUUCUCUGACCGAAAUUCUGAAGUCAGUUCAGAAAGAACUCAUUUCCCAGGACUGAACUCUGUGGUAGAGUCACACACGAUCCCACAGACAGAGAUGAGCUUCACCUACUUGAAUAGAGUUGGAAAUCUCCAAGUGGUGGAUCUCAGUGAGGUUGCUGCUUCCAAGCAGGACUACCGUCCAGACAGUGGAAAUUUGAUUGUUAAAUGGGUCCCAAAUAUACACAGAAAAUCUCAGCGGCCUGAGGUGGAAGCAGUAACAGAACUGAAGCCUUUAAGAAGAGUAUGUGUUAAAAACCUUGCCUCUGAAAAUCUCUUUUCCCUCAAAGAACGGCAAAGGAAAGGAAGAGAUCUAGACAUUAAGAGAAAGAAGUCCAAGAAGGUCCCUUCAGGAGGCCAACCCUAUCAGCUACUUACAAACAGAAGCCAGAAAAUGAACUUGGUGACCAAAAAAAUAAAAUCAGUCACAAGCCACAGAGGUGACAGUUCUGCAGCCAAAGAAGGGAAGCCAAAGGAUAGUCAGAUAAAAAAUAGGUAUUCUUCCCCCAGACACCCGCAGACUGCUACAAUAGUGGAGCUGCAAGAUCCGGGUGCCCUGCAGCUGGGGAACCGGAGAGUGGAUGUGCCUGAUGCUACAGAGAAGCACACACAUCCUUUGCUUGUGCAGAAGAUUCCAGUCGUGAAUUUGAAAGAACAGGGCCUGGAAAGAAUCAGCAACAGACCUUAUCUGAGGAAACCAUUUGAAGGCUCCUUAGGUAUGAAGCGCCAUGAGACCAAACUAGAACAGCAACCUGGCUAUGCUGAAGCAGGGCCAAUUGUACUCACCACCCAGUCUCUGGAGUCCUGCAUGCUAGAUGGCACAGAGGAAGCCUCUGCAAACAAAAAACAACUGUCACAAAAACCAUCUGCAGAGCGGGAAUCCCAGCAACGGGAAGAGCCCAGGCAGCAACACGUGGGACUUGGGAAAAGAAGGUCUUCAGGGAUGUAUGUGCUGUACAAGAACAGCACGGCAAGCCUGGCCCUUGAGGGUGUUGGAGAAAAUGGGUACGUGCUGUCAAGGCCAGAAACACAGUAUGAAAUGUACUGCAAGCGUCUAGCAAGCAGGAAGGAAGCAGCACAGGCACUGGGCUAUCUUCAGGGAGGGAGCAGCCAGCGGCAGCCAAGCCUGGCUGCUCUGACACCAGACAAUGAUAAACAUGAAGCUGACUCUUACCCUAAUCCUCCUCCCCCUUCCCCUUCUCCUUUCCCAUUGAGGGACAAUGACAAGCCUUCCCCAGAUGUAGAAUCCCCUCUCUUCAGAGAGGACAGCGCUCUAAGGGCGUCCAGCGAACAAGGCCACCCUCUCGAUUAACCCUUCGUUAGACAAAUGCAGUGGGAACCUGACCCUAUAAUGAGUAGCGAUUGUAAAUGAAUGUGCAGGUUAAGGCACAGUACGAUUGAUGCCAGGCGCUCUCCGUGGGUGCCUGCUCUUGCCAUCGACAGCUGCGUCAAGAGACCAAGAAGGAGGGUGAGUGAGGUAACCUACCUGCUCCAGGGACCUUUGAAUGUACAGGACAGUUUGAGUGCUCUGUGCUUUGUAAUUAAAACCACAGCUUUCCAUC